CAUAUACACUAUAUUGCCAUAAGUAUUGGGACACCCCUUCCAAAUAAUUGGAUUCAGGUGUUCCAAUCACCUCCAUGGCCACAGGUGUAUAAAAUCAAGCACCUAGGCAUGCAGACUGCUUCUACAAACAUUUGUGAAAGAAUGGGUCAGGAGCUCAGUGAAGUCAAGCGUGGUUUUGUGAUGGGUUGCCACCUGUGCCAUAAGUCAUCUGUGAAAUUUCCUUGCUACUAAAUAUUCCACUGUCAAUUGUUAGUACUUUUAUAUCAAAGUAGAAGCAACUGGGAACAACAGCAACUCAGCCA